UAGUGUUAUUGUUUAUUGGUGCAAUUUGCGUGUGACGUACUUGAAAAAUAUCAGGUUAUAAUAACAAUUUUAUCACAAAUACGUUAUUGUAUACGAAACUUUUGUAACUGCAGUGUUAUGUUUAAAAAGUGAGGUUAUCCUCAUCAUGACCCAAACAAUAAUUGACGCAUUGGAAAACGAGUGUUAUCUCAAACCAGACUUCUGUGAUAAUUURAAAAGCGAAGUGAAACAAAAAAUUGAAGAUUUUUCCGAAUGGUUUAAUAGUAUAGCACGUUUGUCUUUUUUACGUUGUCAACAGGAAGAAAGCGAAAUUCUUGUAUACCUGCUCCUUAAUCUCAAGAAAAAACUUAAACAUGCGAUUUCUGAAAUAAACAAGUCGGUUAGUCAUCGGAAACAGUUAUUCACUUGCAAUAUAUGUGAAGAAACAAUUGAAGUCCAACCUUGGCAGAACGUUUGGAGGGUCUUACAAGACCACCCCCAUUUUGAAGAAAGUUAUAAUCAAACUUUUGAUUUAGCAUACUCUGAAAAUGAAUCGUCAGCAACCACCGCUUCAAUUAUUGACGACUUGAGUGAAGAUUUCAAUCAAGUGGUUUUAGCAGACCCUGAACCUAUCAAACCACAAGAAAACGGCUUAAAUGAUUUUAAAUUCAAUUUUGUCAUAACGUACGAUCCUAUAGUUGAAGAGACUCUUUAUCCUGAAUCUUUUACAAGUGCAGCUCAAAAACGAGAUAACAUAUCUGAUUACACAGUUCAGAAAAGUGGCGCUGCACGUGCAGUGUGUCUCCUUUGUCCCUGCAGUCUGAUUUCGAGAGGUCGCGUUUACAAAAUAACAUCCUAUGUUAUAAAGAAUCACACAGCGGGGCAAAGACACUUGAAAUAUGCUUCAACGCCAGUGAAUACAACAGCAUUGAAACAAUAUCACGAGUUUUGGCGAAGUCAAGAGCCUAAUUUUCAAGCGCAUCAAGUGCAUUUCCUCCCUGAAAUCACUGUACUUAAUAUCCUUAAAUGUCACUUGUGUCAGGAAUUUGUUAAGUACACAUCAGUCAUUGACCACAUUAAAGAUAAGUCUCAUAAAAGUAAACUUUUGAAGAUUUUUUUGUCGCCUGAAGGCAAGUUGAACGAGUUUUAUUUGCUUGAUAUGCAAGUGGGGGUGUAUGAGGAUGUUGUGGUUAAUAAUGCAACGCCUAAAAAGGAUGUUAAACCCAAAGAAUCAAAGGAGAAGAAUCCUGGACAGCCAAAAUGUAUUUUUGUGAAGGUUCUUUUUGAACCAAAAAGCCUACAUUUGCCGCCAAGAUAUAAAGAUCAUUUAAAAUUUUUUACUUAUAAUUCGGAACUGGUCACGUGUGAUCUUUGUAAAGUGAAUUUUACUAAUACAGUAGUGGUGAUAUGGAAUCAUAUUUCUAAUCCCCAACAUAAAACAUUGUCAGGGGUUGAAUGUCCCAAAUACAAAUUUUUUUGUGAAAUUUGUAAUAUCCAAAUCAAGGACGAAAACGCGUGGAAUGAUCAUUUCACCAAAGGGCCAAACAGACACGACAGCAUGACUCAGGGCCGAAAACAAAAAGUGGGCGAAUACGAAUGCAAAACUUGCAAGGAUGUAAUUUUCGGCGAUGAAUUAUCUCUCAGCCGCCACACUUCAACACGUGGUGGCAGAAACCGAGCUAAAGAAGUUAAAUUGCCUUUCUCUGUCAAAAAACUAUUCCGGACGAAAGCUUUCAUCCAAGAAGAAGCCGAACGAAUGCAAAUCGAAGCAAAUAAAGUUCUAGAGAAUCAAGACAAAAUGAAACAAUGUUGUGACGAUUUGGAACGAGCCUUGUCUGGGAUUUACCCAAAUUGCAAGGCUUAUUCUUUCGGGUCUAGAAUAUCAGGACUGGGGAAUAAUCAAAGCGACUUGGAUGUGUUUAUGGACACGGGUGAUAUGUAUUUAGGUGAAAGGCAUCAGGAUGCGCAAAGUCAGGAACAAUUCGUUAAAAAAGCGAGUAAAGUUUUUAAGUCGUUUAAAGAUCAGUUUCAUUCUGUAGUGUCAAUUCCAACUGCGAGAACCCCGAUUGUCAAAAUACAUCACAUUUUUACCAAUUUGGAUUGUGAUAUUUCCUUCAGGCAUGGAUUAGGUGUCGAAAAUACAAAAUUUUUAAGAUUUUGUAUGGAAUUGCAACCCAUCACACAAUCAUUUAUUUUGUUGCUGAAACAAUGGUCGGAUUAUUGCAGACUUAACGAACAUAUAACCAACUAUGGUUUGGCUCUAAUGGCUGUUUUUUUCCUCCAAACUGGAGGAUUUCUCUUGUCUGUUAAAACUGUAAGGGCUUACAAUCCAACACAAUCGUUAAUUAUUGAUGGUUGGGAGACUUUGAACUACACUGUUCCUACCGAAAAAAUGAAAGAAUUUGUCAGACCCUACACGGGAAAUGUGAAACAAUUACUACGUGACUUUUUUUAUUAUUAUUCAAAGUUUGAUUACGCUAAUCAUGUGGUUUGUCCAUUGUUGGGUAAUGCUAUACCGAAAUUAUUUUUUAAUGAGAGACCUCAUGAAUUAUUGCCAAUAGAAAUGAAGAGUUAUGUUCAAAGAAUACAGAGUGAAAACGGCGAACAAUUCCAGUUUCGUGGUUUGACUCCGUUUUGUAUCCAAGAUCCAUUCGAUUUGAGUCACAAUUUGACGAAAGCUUGUCAGAAUGGUACAAUCACAAGAUUGAAGGCUUUGUGUACCUUGACAUAUGAGUUAUUGGAUAUAAUUCAAUAAUAUUUUAAGUGCCUGAGUGGCAUAAUGUGAUGUCUGUUUUAUGUAGUUUUUAAUAAUGACGAAUUAAACAUUUAAAGGGAAACAUAUAAUAUAUUUUUCUCUUUACAUAACGUAAUAAAAAUAAAAAAUAUUUACAAUGAUUUAUACAAAUUUUGGAAUACUGAUGUCACAGGAAUGGGGUGUCCUAACACCUCAUCUAAUAAUACUUAAAAUUAUAUAUACAAAAAUAAAAUUAAAAUAAAUAUGUAGCGGAUAAGUUAUUGUCAUCAUUAUUAUCAUGAGAUUUGGGACUAAAUUCACAUUUCCGGU